AUGAUGGGAUUAUGGUUGACCGGUAAAGAGGAUGCCCGGAUUGCAGCGACGGAUCUGCACUCGAAACUCCUUGAGUCGAUCCAUCAACAGCGACCGGAGAGAUCUAGUGUGCAGAUGCUUGACGGCGUGUUUAAGGGUCUGGGUUGGGGCGUGGGAGGAGGGGAGUGUCGCGGUGUCAAGUCCUCUUAUCUUCUUCCCUGCUUCCAUAUUCAGCCACUCACGAACUGUUGGCAGGAUAAAUGGGAAGCACCAAGCCAGCACAACGCAGAUCCCCCCUCCCCCUGGCCCAUGGCAACAUAUCAAGGGAUCCUGCUCCAAAUCAUUUUCGCCCUCCUGAAAGGUAAUCAAGGUCUCAACCUGCAGCUCACUCACGAACUGCCCACCCUCCCCUUGCGGCUCCUAAAAGCCCUCGUCCGCACCUGCCUCCAGCGCAAAAUGUUCUUCUACCCCUCGAUGGUCGCCCAGUUCAAAAACACCCUGCCCGACGUGUACAUUUGGGUGGGGGUUGAGGAAGUCAAGCGCUUCGCCCUCUCACUGUACAAAGUCUGUCGAUCCUGCCGGGUCCCUGACACCGAUGCAUCUUCGCAGGGCCGCAGUUUGCUCUCUCUAGCGAAUUUGCAAUUCGCGCUUCCUGAUAGCGAUGAACUCUGGCAUGCGAGCUCGGACUUGGCCUCGCGGCUGGCGGAAGAUCGGAGCGCGUAUUGCGAGAGGAAUUCAGACACGAGGUGGAUUAGUCAGACGGCGAAAGUGCUACAGCCUGAUGGGGGGUUUUGUUGGUUCUGA